GAAAUGUCACCGGCGAUUAAAGCGCCUCUGUUGCCGAACCAAGAGCCUUCAUCAUCAUCAUCGGAGGAGGAGAGGCAUGGCUCAUUCGCCGGAGCUGUCUUCAACGUCUCGACGAGCAUAGUCGGAGCCGGGAUAAUGUCGAUUCCCGCGGCGUUCAAAGUUCUGGGCGUUAUCCCAUCUCUGUCGAUCAUCGCGAUCAUAGCUUGGCUCUCCAAUAUAUCAGCUGGGUUUCUGAUGAAAUCCACGCUCGCCGGAGAAUCCACGACUUACGCCGGCGUAAUGAAGGAAUCGUUUGGGAAACCUGGCUCCGUCGCUGUUCAGAUUGUUUCAAUGGUUGUGACUCUUGGGGCUAUGAUUAUUUUCUCAAUUAUCAUAGGUGAUGUUCUUUCGGGUAAUGAAAAUGGCGGAUUUGUACAUUUGGGUCUUCUUCAAGAAUGGUUUGGUUCUCAUUGGUGGAACACGAGAUUCUUCGGCUUGUUGUUCGUCUACGUCUUCCUCUUGUUUCCCUUAGUCUUAUGCAGACGCGUGGAUAGAUUAGCGUUAAGUUCUGCAGUCUCGUUUCUGCUUGCGCUACUCUUCGUUGUCAUAAGUUCUGUGUUGGCCAUCAUCGCACUCGUGCAAGGGAAAACAAAGACUCCAAGACUCUUCCCAGAGCUCAACAAUGGAGGAGAAUCAUUCUUCAACCUCUUCACUGCUUCCCCUGUUAUUGUAACUGCCUUCACAUUUCAUUUCAAUCUACAUCCAGUGGGAUUCGAACUCAAAGAUCCAUUAGAGGUGCUUUCAGCGACAAGGAUCUCUGUAAUUCUCUGCGCUUCCAUCUACUCAGCCACUGGUCUCUUCUGCUACCUUCUGUUUGGGGAUUCCACCAUGACAGAUGUGCUGAUGAACUUUGAUCAGAGCUCCGAUUCUUCGAUAGGUUCGUUACUAAACGACAUCGUUAGGCUCAGCUACGCGGUUCACCUCAUGCUUGUGUUUCCUCUGCUCAACUUCUCGCUUAGAGCCAGCCUCGACGAACUCUUGUUCCCUAUGGAGCUUUCUUUAGUGAACGACAACAAAAGAUUCUUCGCACUCACUUUUCCUUUGCUGAUAUCUUGUUUCUUGGCUGCCAUUGCUGUACCGGACAUUUGGUACUUCUUUCAGUUCUUGGGAUCAACUUCUACAGUCUCGAUAGCAUUCAUCUUUCCUGCUGCAAUCGUCCUAAGGAAUGUGAAUGGUAUCUCGACCCUAAGAGAGAAGAUUGUAGCUUCAGUAAUGCUUGCUCUUGCUGUUGCCACAAGUAUCAUCGCCAUUUCGACAAAUAUAUACAGUUUCACAAGAACAGAAGAAACAUAA